AUGCUGAUCAAGAGUGUGGAGGAUCUGAACGGGACGCUGGCGUGGCGAGCCUUGAUCAAGCGCUACGAGCCAGCGACGGCCAUGAGGGCGCAGAGCACCAUGACGGCGAUUCUCAACGCGAAGCCUGCCCCUUCGCUUUUGGCGGGGUUCGAGCAGUACCGCUCAGAAGGGGGGCGCGACAUCAGGCGCCGCGAGACGGUAUCCGGAGAGGUGCUCAAUGCAGGAGCCAUGAUGAGCAACUACUUGCAGAAGGCUUCUAAGAACAUCAGGACGGCACUGCAGACGCAGAGCGAGAGGAGCUACGAUGAGUUGAUCAGCGCCACGAUGCAGCACUUGCAGGCGGCGACGGCGCACGAGGACCGGCGCCAGCAGAAGCGGCCGAGCGCGCCAGGCAAGGGCAAGGACAACAAAGGUAAGGGUGGAUACGUUAAAAGCAAGAACAAGAGCAAAUACCAGAAGGGCAAGGGCGCGGAUCCCAUGGCGAGGUGCAGGAGAGAAAGGUCUACAGCAUGUUGGGGGGGCGGCACGUGGCGCUCGUUCUGGGCGCUGACGGACAACUGCGCGGAUGAGCACGCGUGCGGCAUCGGGGACUUCCCGAGCGUGGAGCUCAAACCAGGGCGCAACCCCGACCUGACGGUCGCGGGCGGCGCGCCACUGAAGCACUGCGGACCGAAGACGGUGACGCUCUACAUGGCCGGCGACAGACGCAUCAUCAUGGAGUUGCAGGUCGCCGGCGCGCAGCAGCCCAUCAUGAGCAUGGGCAAUUUCUGCAGCAGGAUGGGGGACCGCGUGGCUUGGCACGAUGGCAAGGGAGGACUGCUGAGGCACGAGACGGCAGGACUGGUCAAGCUCAAGGAGACCAACAACCAUUACGCACUGGAGUGCUUGACCAAGACGCACGAUGACAUGGGGGAGGUCCGCAAGGAGAUGGCGCUACAGGCGCCGAUCGGGGCGGCAGUCGCAGCAGCGCGACCAGGCGGGGGGGGGGCGAAGACGGAUGCGCAGUUCAGCCUGCAUUGGCAGGAGGGCCACGAGUUCAUCUCCAGGAGAGGACCAGUGGCAGAUCCCGACAAUCACGAGACGGUGGGGCCCGAGACGACAGCCAGUGGACUAUCUGGACCUCGAGAGCCGAGCGCGGUGCAGAUCGAGAGGCGCGAGCUGGCACCUUACCCAGCUGAACCGUGGCGUGAGAUCGGCAUUCCAGCGAAGGCCAACGACAUUGCCCACAUGAAGGACAGGCGCGACGAGCUGAUUCCACUGCUGAGCUUCGACUACGGCCAGGCGAGCAUCGAGGGGGGCCCCGUCAAUUUCGAGUUCGUGGUGGGCAGCGACGCUUCGACAGGGGGCAUCUGGAGCACGGCCAUCGUCCAGGAGGGUCGCGACGACGUCUACACCGUGGCCUCGGCGGUUUCGUGGCGAACUUGGUGCAGCGGCCCGGCGAACGGCAGGGCCAAGAGGGCCAUCCAGACGGUAAGGAAGCAGGUGGGGACGUUGAUGCUCCAGGUCAACAAGAAGCUGAACCUCAACCUCAAGCCCGGCUCCCCCUUCCUCGCGUCGUUGCCGAGGCAUGCAUCGUGGCUCUGCAACAGAUGCAUGGGGGCAUUCCGCCGGCAGGGUGGGGCCCCGAGCGAGAACGUCAAGGCGGAGAAGGAAGCGAAGGUACACGGGCGCGAGAACUUCGUGGCCACGACCCCCUCACUUCCGCACCUGAAGGCGAUGCUGGUCAACGCGGAGUUGCGCGAUCACGCGGUGGCGCUUGGCGACUGCAGUGGGGCUGUCUACCAGGCGCCGCCCACCGAGGACCGCAUCUUCCUGGAGCCGCCACCAGCAGCCGGAGUACCUGAAGAACAUAUUCGGGAGGCGUUGCGCGCAUUUCCAGGACUCAAAGGAGCACCGAAGGCUUGGAGGGAUCACGGCGCGAGCACCAUCGGGGAGCUGGAGGUGGUCAGGGGCCACUACGACGGGUGUCUCUUCAUGAAGCUGAGCAACAGGAUGAAGGCAGUGAGGCGCGCAGACGACUUCCUGAUCGUUGGACCGAGCGACGAAGUUGACAAGUUGCUGGAGAUGAUGGGAGAGAGACUGAAAUUAUCGGACGCGGUGAAGCUCACCAAGACAGGGCGCCAGGUCAUGACACAGAACGGCAUGGAUCCAACCUUGCCGAGUAAAGAGCAGAUGACCAAGGUGUCGAUGUGGUUUUCAACGGCUCUACGCCACAGUCCAUAUUACAAGGAGUGUAUGCGCGACUCCAGAGCGCAAGAUGGCACCUUCAAGCGCCGAGGCUCCAGGCCGCCCAGGCGCCCAGACCAGGGCGAGGUGAGCGCCCAGCUUCUUGUGGCCUGGUACUGCCGGGAGGGCGGCGCGGAUUACGAGGAGGGAGACGCGUCGUACAGGGUCGACUUCGAGUCUGGGCUCAGGACCGAUCUGCGCACGGGCGCCCAGCAGCGUGUCGGCUGGUCGGCUGAUCGCGUCCCCUCGCCGGCGGUGGAGGAGGAGGAGGAGC